UGACAACGAAGAGAAAGCCAACCCUGUCCUCUGCAAAAACUGAUUCUCUUUUGAGGAGGAGAGGGGAAGAAGAAGAAGAAGAAGAAGAAGAAGCGACUUCCAUGGGGACUACGAUGAGCCCGAUUUCGAUACUGACUCCUCUCUUCUUGUUGAUGUUCGUGGCUCUGUCCGAUGGCUACGUGAAGGAACGGACUUUGCUUCACCAAUCUUCUGGCGACGACGUCGGAAAUUACUUGACCAAGGAUGAGCUCUGGUUCAACCAAACCCUCGAUCACUUCUCUCCAUAUGAUCAUCGUCAAUUUGCACAGCGCUACUAUGAGUUCCUAGACUACUUCCAAGUUCCAGAUGGACCGAUAUUUUUGAAAAUCUGCGGUGAAUCUGCAUGUAAUGGGAUAGUGAAUGACUAUAUUAGUGUUUUGGCGAAGAAGUUUGGAGCUGCUGUGGUUUCACUUGAGCAUCGGUACUAUGGGAAGAGUUCUCCUUUCAAAUCGUUGACAACAACAGAUCUAAAAUACUUAUCAUCUAAACAGGCACUCUUCGAUUUGGCUUCCUUUCGUCAAUUUUAUCAGGAUUCAGUAAAUCUGAAGCUCAAUAGAACUGAUGCCGGAAACCCCUGGUUUGUUUUUGGAGUCUCAUAUUCUGGAGCUCUCAGUGCAUGGUUUCGUCUUAAGUUCCCUCAUUUGACAUGUGGAAGCCUUGCAAGUUCUGCCGUUGUUCAAGCUGUGUACGAUUUCCCUCAAUUUGACCAGCAGAUUGGUGUUUCAGCUGGAGCAGACUGUAAGGCUGCAUUGCAGGAAGUAAAUCAACUUGUUGAGCAACGACUUGCAUCAAAUGGAAAGGCAUUGAAGGAGUUUUUUGGUGCUGCUGAGCUUAAGAUUGAUGGCGACUUCUUGUAUUUCCUGGCAGAUGCUGCUGUCACAGCUUUCCAAUAUGGAAAUCCUGAUAAAUUGUGCUCCCCCCUUAUUCAAGCUAAGAAGGAUGGAGAGGAUUUGGUGGGUGCAUAUGCCAAAUAUGUUAAAGACAAUUUUGCAGAGAGCGUACAUUAUAGUCAGAAUCGCUUGAAGAACACAGCUAUUACUGAAGACAGCAGUGAUCGGUUGUGGUGGUUCCAAGUUUGCACUGAAGUUGCAUACUUUCAGGUGGCCCCCACCAAUGACAGUGUUCGCUCGUCAAAAGUUGACACAAGAUACCAUUUAGAUCUUUGCAAGAACGUGUUCGGCCAGGGAAUAUAUCCUGAUGUUGACGCAACAAAUUUGUACUACGGAGGCACAAGAAUAGCAGGCUCCAAGAUAAUUUUCACUAAUGGCUCUCAAGAUCCAUGGCGGCAUGCUUCAAAACAGAUCUCUUCAUCAGAUAUGCCUUCCUACCUCAUCUCGUGUCAUAAUUGUGGACAUGGAACUGAUAUGCGAGGAUGCCCACAGUCUCCUCUGAGCCUUGAAGGCAAUGCCCAGAACUGCAGCUCCCCAGAUGCGGUCCACAAAGUAAGGCAACAGAUCACAGAAAACAUAGACUUGUGGCUGUCUGAAUGCCAAGGCGGCGGUAGGAGCUCUAUCUGAAGUGCAUGCUCACAGUAUACGUGAAUUUGGGAGGUCGUUCUCUGCCUAACCGUGAUACCAUGAUGGACUUUUCAGGAGACGCUUAAUUCUAAUUUAUCAAGGGAACUGUAACCCUCAUCCUGCUCAUGCUUAUUUGCUCUUGUCUA